UAAUUAUGCGUUACAUUAAAAAAAGAGAAAAUAAAAAAGAGGAACACUAUGUCUUUCUCUUUCCUUUUCCGUUCUCUCUCUCAUUUAUCCGUUUCGGAGUUCGCCAACCACCGCCGUAUCCGAGCAGUUCGAAAGCUCUGCAACCACCGUUGCCUUCUACACAGUUAUUCUACUUGAUCUGAAAUAUCUGUUCGUAACUCUGCCACAUAUUUUCUAUUGUUUUUGGUUGAACAUCUUCAUGAUCCAUAUUUAAGUACUUCUUGAGAUCUACUUCCAAAAAUCAAUGUUCUUGCAAGUGGGGAAAUUUACGCUGAUAAUAUUACACUGGGAAACUUGUUACCUAUUUGAGAGUCUCUGUCACUUAAGAAGUGAAAACCUGUCGUUUCUUCUACUGUAUCCAAGCCUUUGAGCAAAAGAGAAGCAGGGUGUACAACUUCUUGUACAACAAGCUAAACAGGAAGACCUUUCUUGGUGUGCGAAAUAUACUUUGAAAUGUCGGAAGUGAAUAUGGCAGUCAUCAAACCCGAGAUAUCUUCUCAGAUGAUGAAGUCGUACAUUUGGCUUCAAACUGCUGAUGGCUCAAUCCAACAAGUAGAACGGGAGGUUGCAAUGUUUUGUCCCAUGAUAUGCCAUGAAGUGAUACAAAAGGGCAUGGGAUCAUCCAAGAAUUGUGCUAUAUCCCUUCCUCAGCGAGUCAACCCUGCCAUGCUAAGCCUAAUUAUUGAUUAUUGCCAGUUUCAUCAAGUGCCUGGUCAUUCUAACAAGGAGCGCAAAUCUUUUGAUGAAAAGUUUAUCCGAAUGGACACAAAGAGGCUUUGUGAGUUGACAUCUGCUGCUGAUAGCCUUCAAUUAAAACCUCUAGUUGAUCUUACUAGUCGCGCUCUUGCGAGAAUUAUUGAGGGAAAAAGCCCCGAGGAGAUACGUGAGAUAUUUCAUUUGCCGGAUGAUCUUACUGAGGAAGAAAAGUUGGAGCCUUUGAAAAACACAACUGAUGACCCACGCAUUCGACUGUUGAAUAGAUUGUAUGCAAAAAAGAGGAAGGAACUAAAAGAGAGGCAGAAAAUAAAGAAUGCUGAGGUUGAAGAAGAGCGUGUCGAUGAUCGUUCAGUUGAUGACCUUUUAUCAUUUAUCAAUGGGGACAAUGGAGAUUCUAAAGGGAUUAAAACUUCAAAGAGUAAAAAGAAGAACCGAAAAAGAAAAGAUCAGCAGAAGAGCACAUCUACCAAUGAAACCAUUAAAAACCAUAAUAAGGAGCUAAAUGGUCUUAACUCAGUGCGCUGUAGUGCCGAAGUUGGUCAGAAAAGUUGGGCCGGUGUUGGUGCUACCUCGAACUUACAUGAUGUUGAAGAUGAUAUAUUUGCCAGUAAAAAUGAACUUGAUGAUGGUGAUAUUGAUGACGAGAUUGAUCUAGCACUGAAAGAAAAAAUAGACAGGGAGGUGGAAGAUUUUGCCCGUAGAUUGAAUUCAGAUUGGCCCGAAAGAAUGCAAGAAAUUCUAUCUUUUGGUCAUGAAAGGGAACCAGUGCAUUUUUCUCUUAAUGGAAAUGGUUCAUUAAGGAGAUACACAAAUUCUGAGUAGAGAAGAUGGGCAUUUCCUCCGUUCGGCUCGCAGCAUGAACAGAUUUUGAUAAGAUACUUUUUCAGGUCGUUGAAAGAUGACAGCUACAAGGGUUGGGAUCCCUGGUAUUGUGGAUCCUUUGUAAGUUUUUAUUUUUAUUCUUUUUAAAUUUAGUUUCUUUGUUGUGCUUAGUCAGUAUGCAAUUUUGAUUGUGAGGGUAACCUCUUUGUAUUUUCAUAAUAGAAAGAAAUAAGAAGGAAACUGUGUUUUUUUAUUGAGCCAGUUCUGGUCAGAUCAAAUUACUCUCUA